AUGGGAAAUUCUGGAACCUGUUUAACCGAUUACCUGAGCGCCUGUGCACCUGAGAAAGUUCUUUUAGUCAUAAGCUUUUGUACUGUCCUUUUGGGUUUCGUUCUUAUUGUUUCAGGUGUUUGUAUCACUCAGCUUAGUGAUGGACCGCAUGCUCAUUUGUCCAUAUCAUAUUCAGCUGUCCCUAUUGUGUUUGCUGGUUGUGUUACACUAUUAAUAGCCAUUGUUAGGAUCGUUUCUACAAGUAAAAGUUUAAGGGAAAUGAAUUUGACUCCCUGUGAGUUUGGAAAACAAUGGAAUAAAAAGGAGUCCGUUUCCGAGCCUAUUUCCUACAAUCUUCAAGAAAACGCAUAUAAUGCAUUUUCUUUUGCAAAUAAAUCGCCUAGCAAUUUUAGCUCCAAUUCAUUUUCGGAUAAGAAGGUUGAUCAUAUUCCCAUGCCUGUAACAAACUAUCAUCAAAGAUUACCAAUGCCUCCAAGGCGAGCUGUUUUGUAUUAG